AUGUGGACUCGGCAAACAGAGGCCAGUAGCGGCGCUACAACGCCGGCGAAAGAGGUAGUUCUCCCAGACUUGGCACCGCCGUCAGACGACGAGGCUAAAGGCUACUACCGUCGUCUGCCGUCAUGUCCUCGAUUGGUCGGACGCACAUCUGGCAAGGAGCGGUGGUAUUCUCCGUUCCCUGGCGAGUCGUCGCUGCCCAGCAGCGAGGAGAUUUCCACCAUUGGACAGCACACGAUAGUGUCACUGUGGGAAGACCUUCUCGAGUCUCAUGUCAUGACGAUCAUCAAGGACCUGCCGUGGACCUCCGUGGACGUGUUGCGCAUCGGGCUCAAGAGCGUUAAGAGAAGCGACAAGCCGGUCAUUGUCUGGAUUGGCGUCUCUACCGCCGACAUACCCUGGCCGAAGAUCGCUGACGUUCUGCGUGCAUUCCGCGUUGUCCUCGAUAUGCGGGGCCUAAACGAUGUCGAUGUCGAGAUCCGUGUUGCCACCGUGUCGCAGGCAGCAGGCCCAGCUCUCUUGCCGGCCAACAGCCUCAAUAUGUCUCAGAUGGAUGUUUAUCUACGCCAGCUGUACACAACAGCGGUUGGGCAGUCGUUUGCGUCUGCAAAAUCUGAUAGGACCCAAGGAUCACUCGGUAUGUAUCUUUGGGCGGCCAGAUCUGGCAACUCUACCGAGCUCUUCGCCCUUACAUGCCGGCAUGUGGCGCUGCCAGACACAAAAUUUCCAGGCAACCGCCCAUACCGCAGAUGCUUCCAAGGCCAGCCGGCCAACAAAAUGAUCAUACCGGCCACCGGCAGUUGGGAAGACUGGAACGGCGAAGCCGAAAUCCUUGUUGAGGAGUGCAACAAAUCCCUGCAGUCCGCCCGACAGGAUCCAAAUGUGGAACCUGUUGAUAUUCAAUUGGCAGAGCUCCUGCUGCGUAACGCCUCGGGCUGGAAACGGACCGUGGACUCGCUGCAACCCAUCGACAAUCGGGUUGUGGGCGAAGUCUUCUUCUCGCCACCCAUAGGCAAGGCGUAUGACAGCAACAAGGUCAACCCGGGUACUUUUACUCGGGAUUGGUGCUUGGUCCGUAUGGAUCUCAGCAAGUUCCCAGGCCAGCAGAUGCCACAAAACGUCGUCGAUCUUAGGCACAGAGAUUGGACCCAGAUGCAAAUGACGAGACUCCUGAACCCACAUCCCCAGAGCCCCCACAAGUUCACCUUCCCGGAGGGUGGUCUCCUGCGUCUCUCCGGUGUGAUUCCGAUGGAAGAUCUGUGCAAGCCCAAUAUGCUGGACAAGAACGGGGAGGAAUGCCUCCUGGUGGGCAAGCGCGGUUCCGCCAGUGGCCUAACGUUUGGCACCGCCAACGAGAUUAAAUCUGUUGUGCGCGUAUAUCGUGGCCUGGAAGACUUCAUGUCGCGAGAAUGGCUGGUGGUCGGGUUCAACAAACGGAAUGCGUUCUCCAAGAAAGGAGACUCCGGCUCUGUGAUUUUCGACAUGCACGGACGGGUAGGCGGCCUGCUGGUCGCGGGCUCCUUGGCGGGCUCCAGUACAUACGACGUGACCUAUGCCAUACCGAUGGCGCAGCUCCUGGCUGACAUCAACGAGCACAUGGGAUACGAAGUCAAGAUGGUUUAG